AUGGAUAUGUUCUGCAGAAAUCCAGUCGCUGCGAUAGAGAAGAGAAAAAAGGAAAAACUAAGGCAAGCUAACAUCAAAGAGGCAUGUGACAAAAAUUUAAAGGCCUCGGUUCAUCAAUAUAUUGCUCGAUUUUGGUACCAAGCAGGCUUGUCAUUCAACCUUGUGAAAUUGAAAAGUUUUCAAGAUAUGAUUGAUGUCAUAGGUGCUUAUGGACCCAAUUUACCCACGUCUAGUUAUCAUGAAAUCAGAGUUCCGCUUCUCAACAAGGAAGUUGAGUACAUUGAGAAGUUGUUGCAAGAUCAUAAAUUGCAGUGGAGCAAACAUGGUUGCUCUAUUAUGUCAGAUGCAUGGACUCAUCGAAAGCAACUAUGCUUGAUUAACUUUUUGGUGAGCUCCCCUGCAGGGACAAUGUUUGUCAAGUCCAUUGAUGGUUCAAACUUUGUGAAGACAGGAGAAAAACUAUUUCAGAUGCUUGAUUCCCUUAUGGAGGAAAUUGGAGAAGAAAAUAUUGUUCAAGUUAUAACAGAUAAUGGGAGCAAUUAUGUGUUGGCUGGUAAGUUGUUAGAAGAGAAAAUACCUCAUCUCUAUUGGACUCCUUGUGCUGCCCAUUGUAUAGAUUUGAUGCUUGAGGAUAUUGGAAAGCUUCCUUUGAUAAAGAAGAAAAUUCAAAGAGGAAUUAUUCUUGUUGGCUUUAUCUAUAGCCAUUCUAGUACCUUGAGUUUGUUGAGACAAUUUACAAAUAAGAGGGAAUUAGUAAGACAUGCAGUUACAAGGUUUGCUACCUCCUAUUUAUCAUUACAAAGGUUGCAUUAA